AUGAGUUUUUCAGAGAGACAUCAAGAAAUCUUCUGUCAGACCAUGGAGUUUAGGGUGUCUACAUAGUAAAAUUUACGUGAACCUUAUCCUCCAUGCUAUGGCAUGCUGGACGAGCCAUACAGUCUGUAGUCAACACCCCGAAGUAUGAGCGGGAACACAAAGCGUACCAAUACUCAUACGCUUAUGAAACGCACCUGGCGGAUCAUAAGGGCCUUCACAUUUUACUCUUCUUCAACUUGUCUUGAGCGAAAUGUCUUUAAUCUUUUCUAUCAGCCUCUCUUGGCUAACUCUUGUUUUUUUCCGACCCCGAAUGGCGAUUAGGUUUCCGAAGGCAGACGGGUCACUAUAUUUCUUUCUACUACAGAUUCUUCCCAUAUACACCUUUUUCCCUCCCCAUCUUACCCAACAAAAUAUGGAGAAAACCAGAUGCAAAAAAUCCGUAAGUUAAGGUGGAAGCUAUCGUGCUAAAAACUAAAUGGUCGCACGUCACGCGGCCGCUAACGAUGCUCUUGGGACACCGGGCGAAAUCCCAUUGAAAAUUAGCCUUGUUCCUGUACGCGGGGCUCUACAGGAAUCGACAACGAUCCCCAGCUACUCGUGGGAAUAAAUAUGAAUACUCACCAACAUGCAAGGCAAGCACGGUGUUUAAAUGCCACAAACCCGACCAGUGUAAACCAACCCUAUUCAAAGUGCGUCAAAAAUAUAAACCUCAACAUCGCCACAUAUAAUGCUCGGUCGCUCUCUACCGAAGAAAGGUUCGAAGAAAUGGAGGAAGAACUUUCAAAAGUGAAUUGGGAUAUUGUGGGUAUCAGCGAAGUUAGAAAAAAAGGAGAGAAUCUUAUCUCACUCCCAUCAGGCCAUCUGUGGUACUACAAAGGAGAAGAGGAAUCGACAGUCGGAGGAGUCGGCUUCUUUGUUCACAAAAGAAUUGCGAACAGAAUUGUGUCAAUAAACCAAAUAUCAACAAGGGUGGUCUACUUAAACAUCAAAAUGAGCACCAGAUAUAUCCUAAAGUUCAUUCAAGUAUACGCACCUACUACAGGCCAUUCAGAUGAAGAAGUCCAAAUAUUCUACGACCAAAUAUCCUGUGCAAUCAAGGAAAAUCCUGGCCACUUCUUAAUAAUAGGCGGUGAUUUCAACGCCAAAAUAGGUACCAAGGAAGACCCCUCUGAAAUAAUAUUGGGAAAUUUUGGAAGCGAAGGCAGAAAUGAUAGAGGCAAACAACUGUUAACUUUUCUUUUGGAAAACAAUCUCUAUCAAAUGAACAGCUUCUUUAAAAAGAAAAAACACAGAAGAUGGACCUGGGAAAGUCCAGAUGGAAAAACAAGGAACGAAAUCGACUAUUUCUUAACAAAUAAAAAAGAAUUAUUUAAAGACGUAAAUGUGUUAAACCAGUUCAGCACAAGCAGUGAUCACAGGUUAGUAAGAGCUAAAAUAACGAUAUCGAUCGAAAAGGAAAGACUCAAAAUGAUAAAUAAGAAACACACAAAGAAAUGGGUAAAACCAACUAAUAUUCCGGAGUUCGAAAAAUAUAUUAAUGAUACAUUGAAAGAUACAACAACAACAGACAUUAAUAUACUGAACAAGCAAAUAAUCACCACAAUACAACAGGCUCAAACUAAAUACUGUCCAACAAACCAAAAAGAUGAAAAACUAAGUCAACCUACUAAAACCCUUAUAGAACUAAGACGACAGAUGAAAGGAGAUACAAGUUCCAGCAAAGAAGCGCUAAAUCAAAUAAAUAAGACUAUCACAAAGUCAAUAAGAAAAGACAUAAGAAACUACAAUGUAGAAAAAACAAAACAAGCAAUAGAGCAAAAUAAGAACAUGAAAGUUUUGAAGAACGUAAGCGUACAAAAAGGAAAAAUAGAAAUCAACAAACUAAGAAACAGAACUGGAAAAGAAACUACAAACAGAGAUGAAAUAUUAACAAUAGUCGAAGAGUUCUACACAGAGUUAUACAAAUCAAGAAAAAAAGAUGACAAUGCGCAACCUCCAAUUACAGUAAAAACUGGGGUAUUAAAUCAAGGAUCGGAUUUAAUGCCCGAUAUAACAAAAUCAGAAAUCAAAGAGGCUCUGAAGAAAAUGAAAAAUAAUCGAACCCCAGGUGAAGAUGGAAUAGUAUCAGAAGCACUAAAAAUUGGAGGAAAUAUACUACUUGAAAAAAUUAAACAACUUUUCAAUAUCUGCCUUCACAACGCCAUUAUUCCAACAGACUGGAACAACGCUACUAUGAUUCUAUUACACAAAGCAGGAGACAAAGCCAAUUUAGAGAAUUACAGACCGAUUAGUCUCCUCAGCCAUUUAUAUAAGUUAUUUACGCGAAUAAUAGUUAAGAGAAUGGAUAGAAAGUUAGAGACUUAUCAACCAAGAGAACAGGCAGGAUUCCGAAAAAAUUACGGAACAAAUGACCAUCUACAAAGUAUAAAAACCCUGAUAGAGAAAGUAGUGGAAUACAAUAAACCCCUAGUUCUACUUUUUAUCGAUUUUCAUAAAGCCUUUGACACAGUUGAACUUAGCAAAAUAUUACAGGCGCUUAAAGAAUGCAGGCUAGAUUAUAGGUAUACAAAAUUAUUACACAAAAUAUACUUACAGGCAACAACCACUGUCAAAUUACAUACUAACAGUAAUCGCAUAAAAAUAGAACGGGGGGUUAGACAAGGAGACCCAAUGUCACCUAAACUUUUUAAUACGGUCUUAGAACAUGCUUUCAAGAGUUUGGAUUGGAUGACAAAGGGAAUAAAAAUAGAUGGAGAAUACCUAAACAACUUACGUUUCGCCGAUGAUAUAGUCAUAGUAGCUGAGGAUCUAGGUAUGGCAAGAGAGAUGGUACAAGAACUCGUUGUAGCUACAGAAAAUGUAGGUUUAAAUAUAAACAUCUCGAAAACAAAAAUAAUGACAAAUUUGGUACCCAACCAGAACAUCAGUAUUGGUGGGAAGGAAAUAGAACUCGUAGAUAGAUAUAAAUACCUGGGACAUGAAAUUACGAUUGGCAGGGAUAACCAGACUCAUGAGCUGAAGAGAAGAAUCGGUCUUGGGUGGGCAGCAUUUGGAAAACUGAGAGAAACUUUUAAAAGUGAGUUACCCACAUGUCUAAAGAGAAAGGUAUUCGAUCAGUGCGUCCUCCCAGUCUUGACGUACGGAUCAGAAACACUUACCUUAACUAAAGCCUCGGCUACCAAACUAAGAGUCACGCAGAGAAGAAUGGAGCGGUCAAUGUUAGGAAUAACUCUGCAAGACAAAAUCAGAAACGAAGAAAUCAGGAGAAGAACAAAGGUGACUGACGUCAUCGAGAGGAUAGCCAGGUUGAAGUGGAGAUGGGCAGGACACGUAGCCAGAAUGACAGAUGGGCGAUGGACGAAGAGGUUAUUGGAAUGGAGGCCAAGAGAAGACAAGAAAAGCGUCGGUCGACCGCCUACAAGAUGGACUGACGACUUAAGAAAGGGCGCCAGAAAAUUUAGAAGAAAAAAUCAAACCUUUUGACUGGACGUUUAGCUCAGAUUAUAGGGGGUAUAUGUCCGGGGAAUCAUCAUUAGAAGAAACAGAAGAACGAAUUAAUAUCGAGAAAUUAAAAGAAAAAGAGAAAAUUUUGUUUUAUCAAGAAUUAAUGUUGUAUGAAGAUGAAUUACAUGAUAAUGGAAUUUCUUCAUGCACAAUUAAAAUCAGGGUGAUGCCCAGUUCGUUUUUUGUUCUGUUACGAUUUUUCUUGAGGGUCGAUAAUGUUAUGGUCAGGAUCAACGAUACUAGAGUGUUUCAUGACUUCUCAACCAACUAUUUACUUAGAGAGUAUACGAAUAAGGAAUGUGGGGUAAAGGAUUUGAAUUUACCAUUAACAGUGUUUGGAGAUCCAAACGCACUAUCGCCACAUAUGCCGUUACGAACAUCCAUUUUUGAAAAAAUAACAAUUCCUUCUGUACAAUCAUAAAUAACGUAGAAUAUUUUAGUGAUUCCUUAUUUUAUUUUUACUAAAUAAAUACUUUUACUUGUAA